GUUUGCCAUUCAGUCUCUCGCCCUCCGGAACAAAGGAAAACUACCCAAGAAAUAAUGUCCGGAAACAAAUACUGUUUUGCCAUCGAUCGCGGAGGCACCUUCACCGAUGUCCUGUGCAUUUGUCCCGGCGGCAAGGUUCGCACCAUGAAACUGCUCUCCGAGGAUCCUGAACGCUACAGCGAUGCCCCUCGCGAAGGCAUACGCCGCAUUCUCAAGGAGGAGACUGGUGAGGAUCUGGCAGCCAGCGGUUUAGUGGAUACUUCCAAGAUUGGUUGGGUGCGCAUGGGCACAACAGUGGCCACUAAUGCCCUGCUGGAACGAAAGGGAGAUCCAGUGGUUUUGGUCGUCAACAGUGGCUUCCGAGACCUCCUCUAUAUUGGAAACCAGGCACGUCCCAAAAUCUUUGAUUUGAACAUCCGUAAGCCGGCGAAUCUUUACCAGUCGGUGGUGGAAGUGGAUUGUCGUAUAGUUCCAGAGCAGAAGGAACGUUGCCAGCUGGAUCAAAGCUGGAAGGUUCUAGAGGGAGUGGCCGGCACCAAGUAUUUGGAGGUGCGCCCCGUGGAUGAAACGACAGUUCGUGCUUCCCUCGCAGCUGCCCGGGAGCAGGGCGUCUCCUCCGUCGCCGUUGUCUUGGCCCACAGCUACGCCUGUCCGGAGCAUGAGCUCCGGGUGGGCGCCAUUGCCCGGGAACUGGGCUUCAGCCAUGUGACACUCUCCCAUCAGGCCAUGCCCAUGUGCCGGGUGGUGGCCCGAGGAUACACUGGGUGUGCCGAGGCCUACCUGACGCCCCAUGUGGACCGAUACUUGGCCAGUUUCAAAUCGGGUUUCGAUAAGCAUCUCGAGGGAGUGGAUGUUCUCUUCAUGCAAUCGGACGGAGGCCUCACCAACAUGGAGAACUUCAGGGGAGCCCGUGCCAUCCUAUCGGGACCCGCUGGUGGGGUAGUGGGCUAUGCUCUCACGGGAGCUCGGGAAACGGAGCUACCCCUCAUCGGAUUCGAUAUGGGUGGAACCUCCACGGACGUGUCCCGCUAUGCAGGGAGCUAUGAGCAUGUCAUAGAGAGCACCACUGCUGGAGUGACCAUUCAGGCUCCACAGCUGGACAUCAAUACCGUAGCAGCUGGUGGCGGAUCGCGCCUAUUCUUCCGUUCUGGAAUUUUCGUGGUUGGUCCGGAGUCGGCGGGCUCUCAUCCAGGUCCUGCCUGUUAUAAGAAGGGCGGUCCUCUGACAGUCACAGACGCCAAUCUUAUACUGGGUCGUAUUCUGCCUCAGUAUUUCCCCAAGAUCUUUGGGCCGAAGGAGAACGAGCCACUGGAUCAUGAGAUCGCCAAGAGCAAGUUCGUCGAGCUGCAGAAGGAGAUUAAUGCCCACUUGAAAGCGUCUGGGGAUGGCCGAGUUUUGACCAUUGAGGAGGUGGCGCUGGGCUUUGUUCGAGUGGCUAACGAAACCAUGUGCCGGCCUAUUCGGGCUUUAACUCAGUCCCGCGGAUUGGACACCGCCAACCAUGUUCUCUCCUGCUUUGGAGGAGCCGGUGGGCAACACGCCUGCGCUAUUGCCCGUAAUUUGGGAAUCGCAAAGGUUGUCAUUCAUAAGUACGCUGGCAUUCUCUCAGCCUAUGGAAUGGCUCUGGCCGAUGUGGUUCAGGAAUUGCAGGAACCAAGUGGUCUGGAGUUCAGUGAUUCAAAUGCUCAGCAGCUGAAGGAGCGUCUGGAUGCACUCUCCCAGCAAUGUCAUGCCAAAUUGGCCGACCAGGGCUUCCGUCAAAUUGAACUGGAGCCUUUUCUUCAUCUUCGUUAUGAGGGUACAGAUGGAGCUCUGAUGUGUGCUCCCUCAGGUGGAAAACAAUCCUCCACCUCUUCUCCUCUAUUGGCUGAAUAUGGAGACUUCCAUGCCACUUUCCUGGAGCGAUACCGGACAGAGUUUGGAUUUGUUUUACAAAAUAGAAGGAUCAUUGUAGAUGAUAUUCGUAUUCGAGGGUUGGGUAAGAAUGAAACACCCCCAGAAGGUCGGGUGCAAAGUGCAAACGCCACCCAGCCAACUGUCGAGGGAACCACUCGCAUCCAUUUCGACGAGGGAAGCUUUGAUGCCCCCAUUUAUCUAACCAAGAACAUGCUAGCUGGACACAAAAUCUCUGGACCGGCAGUCUUGAUUGAUCAACUAUCCACUAUUGUCGUGGAGCCAGAAUGCGGUGUCCAGGUAACUCCAUUCGGAGAUCUCAUCAUGGACGUCAAAACUGGAGGAAAGCAUGGGAUCAAUGCUGAGCUAGAUCCCGUGCACUUGAGCAUCUUCAGCCAUCGUUUCAUGAGUAUUGCCGAGCAGAUGGGCCGUGUCCUCCAAAGGACUUCCAUUUCAACUAAUAUUAAGGAGCGCCUGGACUUCUCCUGCGCUCUCUUCGGCCCGGAUGGUGGCCUGGUGAGCAACGCUCCGCACAUUCCUGUCCAUUUGGGAGCCAUGCAGGAAACCGUUCAGUAUCAGCUGAAAGUACGGGGAGAUUCUUUGAAGAAUGGAGAUGUCAUUCUGGCUAAUCAUCCUUCGGCUGGUGGGUCCCAUCUUCCGGACUUGACCGUCAUUACUCCGGUGUUUUAUGAAAACAACCCUCGUCCUGUAUUCUUUGUGGCCUCUCGUGGUCAUCAUGCAGAUAUUGGUGGCAUUACUCCCGGCUCCAUGCCACCACACUCUACAUCCCUGGCUCAAGAGGGAGCCGCAUUCAAGUCCUUCCUUAUCGUGGAGAAUGGAUUAUUCCAGGAGCAGCAAAUCAUCGAGCGCCUGACCACACCCACUGACGCCAAGGGUGCCGUCGGCACCAGGAAUUUGAGCGACAAUCUUUCCGAUCUGAAGGCCCAGAUCGCGGCCAAUCAUAAGGGAAUCCAACUGGUGGCAGAACUGAUCGACAGCUAUGGAUUGGAUGUGGUUCAGGCUUACAUGUCCCAUAUCCAGAAGAAUGCGGAACUGGCGGUGCGGGAUAUGCUGCGUCAGAUUGGUCGGGACACUCAAGAACGCACUGGAUCGACCGUCUUGCAAGCCCAGGAGUUCAUGGAUGACGGAUCACCCAUUACCCUAAAGGUUACUAUCGAUGCUGAGCAAGGAUCGGCUCUGUGCGACUUUACAGGAUCCGGAGUGGAGGUUUGGGGCAAUUGUAAUGCCCCCAGGGCCAUAACUCUGUCGGCCUUGAUCUACUGCCUGCGAUGCAUGGUGGGCCAUGAUGUGCCCCUCAAUCAGGGCUGCUUAGCACCCAUACAAGUAAUCAUUCCCAAGAACUCUAUCCUGGAUCCAUCAGAAGGUGCCGCCGUGGUGGGAGGCAAUGUUCAGACCUCCCAGCGCAUCGUGGACACGGUGCUAAAGGCUUUUGGAGUGUGUGCCGCCUCCCAAGGAUGCAUGAACAACAUUACCAUUGGAGAUGAUACCUGGGGCUACUAUGAAACGGUGGCUGGAGGAGCAGGAGCUGGUCCAGGCUGGCACGGUGCCGGUGGAGUUCACACCCAUAUGACAAACACUCGUAUUACCGACCCAGAGAUUCUAGAGCUUCGCUAUCCCAUGAUCCUGAAACGAUUCUGUCUGCGCACCGACGAAUCCGGUGGCCGGGGACAGUACAAUGGCGGCGAGGGCGUGGAGCGAGAUCUACUGUUUCGGAAGCCAGUGACUCUUUCCGUCCUAACGGAGCGGCGAACUCUUCAGCCUUAUGGCUUAGCCGGAGGACAGCCAGGAAAGAGUGGACGCAAUCUGGUAGUGAAGCGGGAUGGCCGGGUUAUCGCCUUGGCUGGAAAAACUUGUAUUGAUGUCGACGCUGGGGACACUUUUGCUAUGAAAACUCCUGGCGGUGGUGGAUUUGGACCAGGCAGCGAGUCGAAGGGUUCGGAUGCCUCGAACCAGGAUAAUACCAAGCGAUUUGUUGAGCGCGGAACUGUUUUUAACUAUUUGCAAGCUCAGGAAUCUGCUUAGACUCCAGUUUCCACACAUAUUUUUCUUUUUGUGCCAUAUUAUUUGCAGUAUAUUUGUGUUUUUUGUUCAAAAUCCCUAAAAGGGCAUAUUUUAUGAAAUAAAAUUAUUAAAUCAA